GUUAUCAAGUAAGUGUCAAUAGCACAGCACUAAAUGCUCCGAGUACGAUGCCUGAGAAUUUCUCGCGAGAAGAAGGUCGUAAGCGCCGUGCAGCGGGCGUCGCUUACGCGUUCCAAUUGAGAAGUUAUGCCGGGGUACUUUUAACUCAAAAAAUAUUAAUUCACUGAGUCUUCCACAAAAAACUGUUAAUUAACACUGCUUAAUGUUUGAUUUUGUCCUCAAACUUUCACUCACAGUUCACAAACAGUACAAAGAGUUAGUUCGCAUCGAUAAAUAUCACCAAUUCACAGUUUAUCCGCGAUAUUUUAUUUAAAUUGUGCGACCGGCCCAACAACGAUGCUACCGGGUCAACGUCAAACGAAAAAAACAUUGUCAUUGUGUCGUUUUCUCAAACUUCCGAUAGACGAAAAGAAGCUCCACACCAUAUCCGACAGGCUGGUCAUGGGCCUGAACGGCAGUACAGGGGACACGCUGCAGUUCUCCCAGUUUGUAGCCAAGAACGUCCACCUGUACAAGAUGCGGAACGGGUACAAACUGGACACGGCGGCCGUGGUGCAUUUCACCAGGAAGAAUCUGGCUGAUGCGCUGAAGAGUGGGAAUCCAUGCAUGGUGAACAUGCUGGUAGCCGGCUACGACGAGCACCUCGGAGGUAUGCUGUACAGCCUGGACUUCUUAGCCGCCUGCGUCAAGGUGCCUUUCGCCUCACAUGGCUGCGCGGGACUGUUCUGCCUCAGUAUCUUGGACAGAUACUACAAGCCCACAUUAACGGAGCAAGAAGCAUACGAAGUCCUGAAGAUGUGCGUCCGCGAGGUGCACCGGCGGCUGUUCCUCAACCUGCCCAACUUCUCCGUGAAGGUGGUCUCUUCCCACGGCGUCAAGAAGCUGCCGCCCAUCAACCCUGCCACCUUCGUCAUCAAUAAGUGAAGUGACCUCUUCAGGUAACAAGUGUUCUUGACGUGCAAGUAGGUUUAAUGGAACCAAAAAGAGUAUAAUCUCUUUCAAUUUAACGACUUGGAAAAGGUGCUUCCCAGCACAGAUAAUUUUCUUCCUAUAACUACAUCUGCUACACUAGCUUGAUGGAAAUGAUCGCAGAAUACUUUUGGA